CUCUACCCUUUCACCAAGUCCAAUACGCUUUUCUUAAUCAACAAAAUCCUCGUGAACAUCUUUCGUUUUUUUUUUUUUGACUCUCUUCGUCUUUCUCUCAUGGCUUCGGAGCAGUACGGUGCCGUUUUUGAGGAAUCUCAGGACGACGACGAGGAACCCUCUUCCUCCGGAAACGACGAAGGGUUGUUGGAGGAAGAAGAGGAUUUUAAUUCUCCCUCUUCACUACCUCAGUCGAGUGUCGCCGUCGUUUCAUCCGACUCGAUCCCCGCCGUUCCUCUUGCCUUGUCUUCCUCCACCGUCUUAACCGUCGCUUCCGUUCCAAUCGGCGAAUUGACUCUCGAUUUCAAACGCCAACGGAUUGAUUCCGCGGUGUCUGAGAAAAAACCUCCUCUGCAACUUUUCGAUGAAUCACGACGGUUGUUUCAACGUUUAUGGACUGAUGAAGACGAGAUCGAGCUUCUCAAAGGAUUUCUCGAUUACUCGACCUCGAGAACCAUCCCGAAUUCUUCUCACCACCAUCAUCAUGACACUGCAUUGUUUUACGAUAUAAUAAAAUCGAAGCUUCAGCUGGAUUGCAACAAGAACCAAUUAGUUGAGAAACUUCGAAGAUUGAAGAAGAAAUAUAGGAACGUGAUGAAUAAGAUCGAUUCAGGUAAAGAUUUUUCCUUCAAAAGCCCUCAUGAUCAAGCUACUUUUGAAAUUUCUAGAAAGAUAUGGAGUAAUACUGUUGGCAAAGUAGAAGAUAAUGUUUUAGAUUAUGAUGAAAAUAAUAUUAAUAAUGCUAUUAACAUCAAUUUACUUGAUGAGAGUGGAGAGAAAAGAAAUUCUACUUCGAAAUCCCCUGCUACCAAGAAAAGGUCUAGAAGUAAAGGAGGGAAAAUGGAGGAGAAGAGAGUUUUAAAUGAUGGGUUUGUGAUUUCUAACAAUAAUUUUAAUAAUAGUGGUGAUCAUGAUCAUGCUAGUGUGGAGAGAUUUGGAGGUGGCGGUGGUGGUGGAGGAGGAGGAGGAGGAGAAAGAGGAAACAUGGUGGCUGUAGUAGAGGAGGCAGUGAAGAGUUGUUUAGCACCCUUGUUUAAGGAGUUGUUAGGUUGUUUAAUGGGAGGACGAGGAGGAGGAUGUGGAGGAAGAGAGAUUAGUGGAUUGGCUAUGAAUGCUAUGCCAUUGAAUUUCGGCAAUUUUGGGGGCAGCGGUGGUCGUAAUGGGGAGUUAAUUGAUGAGAGGUGGAGAAAGCAGCAAAUAUUGGAGUUGGAAGUUUAUUCAAAGCGGUUGGAGUUGGUGCAGGAUCAGAUUAAGAUGGCUUUGGAGGAGCUUCGGUCGAUGGGAGGGUGAUUUCUGAAUACGGUUGCUUAUGAGUGAUUUCCAUGAACGAUUUCUUGAUUAUCGAUGGAUAGGCUGAUUGUGUAGGGGAGUAACUGGUUUUCUUAGUUCGUUUUUUGGGUUUUCCUUUUGUUUACUUGAUAGAAAUGAACAGUUAUUGGAAUAAUGAUUUAUAAUCAUUUAGGCUUUGAAUCAGUAGUUUGUUCUACUUAUUCUCAUUUGUGUAUAUAUGGUUUUUAUACAUGGGUUGGGAUUGACUUGCCUAGAAUAAGAGACGGAUGUUAUCCUUAAUGCAACUAUGCAAACUCUAACAUUGUAAAAUUUGCAGAAUGGAUUGCAGUUUACCAUUUUA